AUGCAACCAACAUCGAUAGCCACAUCGCUCACACUUUUUGUGACUUUGGCUUGUGGAUUCUUUCUUCCAGACUUUAACUUUGUCUUGGAAGGCGUCAACAAGCUUUUGCCUGGAAAGUAUCACCAAACUGCGCCAUCAGAACCCACAUUUGAGGAAUACAAAGCAAAUUUGAUCAAUUUCAACAAAGUUGUUCCUCACCACUACGUCGUCAUUUUUAAGGAUGACUUAUCGCAAAGCCAGGUGGUACAAUACACCCAAUGGUUGGAACUGGAGUACAACAACAUGUUAACAAUGGUUGAAUCAGCUCCAAAGGGGGUGCAAUUCAUGAAAAAGCUCGACUUUUUUAAUGUCGAGGGCUAUUUCCGCGGAUUCGCUGGAUUUUUUACUCCUGAAGUUAUUGAGAAGAUUAAUAAUGACCCUCAUGUUGAGUUGGUCGAGAAAGACGCUGUUUUCAAAGUCAAUGAGUUUGACAUUCAAAAAGACGCGCCAUGGGGGAUCUCGAGGAUUAGUCACCGUGAAAAUAAUGACGACAAAAAGUACUUCCAUGAUAAUGAAGGUGGUCAAGGUGUUACCGCUUACGUCAUUGAUACAGGUAUCAAAGUUGAACACGAGGAAUUCGAAGGCCGUGCACAAUGGGGUGAUGCCAUUGCCUUCCCCAAGAUCAGGAUUGAUGGACAUGGCCAUGGUACCCACUGUGCUGGUAUUAUAGGAUCCAAGACAUUCGGGGUCGCCAAGAAGGUUGAUUUGGUUGCUGUUGGUGUCAUGAAUUUGUUAGGAUCUGGUACCACUUCCGACAUUAUCAAAGGAGUUGAAUAUGUUGUCAAUAGACACCAAGAGGACGUCAAGAGUGGCAAAAAAGGUUUCAAAGGCUCAGUUGUCAACAUGUCGAUCGGUGGGGGCAUAUCAGAGGCAUUGGACUUGGCCGUUAAUGCUGCAGUGAAGGCUGGUUUGCAUGUUUCUGUUGCUGCCGGUAAUGAUGAUGCGGAUGCUUGUCAAUACUCUCCUGCAAGAGCUACCGGUCCAAUCACCAUUGGUGCCUCCAACAUUGAUGAUGCUAAAGCCUCCUUUUCUAACUGGGGCCAAUGUGUCGAUUUGUUUGCUCCUGGUGAGGCGAUUGAGAGUACUUUUAUCUGGUCGGACUCGGCUGAGAUGUCGGGAACUUCAAUGGCUAGUCCUCAUAUUGCUGGAUUACUAAGCUACUUUUUAUCGUUGCAACCAGAGCAAAGCUCGGAGUAUUUCACUGGUUUAAUCGAGCCAGCGGCAUUAAAGUCAAAGUUGAUCAAGUACGGUACAAAAGGUGUUUUGACAGGAUUGGAUGCUACAACUCCAAACGUCUUGGCUUACAAUGGAGCUGGCGGUAACUUGACCGACUUUUGGAAUAUUUAG